CAUUUAUAGUUUAUCAGAUUCCAUGUUUCACGGUCAUGAAGUUCAUUUUAUGAAUUAGUUUUUCUUUAGUCAGAUAAAUUAGAUCUUGACCACACAUAUUGACCUUCUUGCCGCCCACAUGUUUCAUGAUUUCAUCAUCUCCUUAGAAAAUGCAUGCAUCCUACAUCCUUUUUUCCCAUUAUAUACAACACAUGCAUGAUUUUUGUUAUAGUCCUUUACGUACUACCUUUCUUAUUACUUCAAAACCAAUGGAGAAACAUGAAGUGUUACUCCCUAUCUCAUCUUCACCAGAUGCUUCUCCUUUUAAUGUUAAACCCGGUAAUGGCUCUAAUAUUCAUGUUAAAAUAGCAGAAUAUCUAAAAACUAAAAAGAAGGAGACUUCAAGCCAGAAAGGAGGCAAAGAAAUAAUGAAGCACAAAUAUGUAUUUCAAACAAGGAGUCAGAUUGAUAUACUAGAUGAUGGUUUCCGGUGGAGAAAGUAUGGGGAAAAGAUGGUGAAAGACAACAAAUUCCCUAGAAGUUACUACAAAUGCACUUAUCAAGGCUGCAAGGUAAAGAAACAAAUCCAAAGGCACUCCAAAGAUGAGCAGGUCGUGGAAACAAGUUAUGAAGGGAUGCAUAUUCACCCUGUAGAGAAGUCAGCUGAAAGCUUCGACCAGAUCUUGAGAAACUUCAUUACUAACAAUCAACUAUGAACCCACUUGUGUUGGCCUGGUGGUAUUGGCUUCGGACUUGGGAGUGUGCUCCUCAAAGUCUCAGGUUUGAUUCUCUUCGAUGCCAAUUUAGGUGGAGUAAUUUAAUUUCUUUAGAAAAAACAAUCAACUAUGUAAUAGGGGUGUGCCUGCUUAACUAAGUCAUGUGAACCAAUUCACUUUUAUGGUCAUGGUUAAUGAACCAAACCAUUUGAUCUUAGAACCAGUUUGUUGCGAGAAGCGGUUGCAAAAUGGUUCGGAUUAGGUUCGUUACAAUUUUGAUUAUAAUUGAUUUUCAAACUUACCCUUUUUUUAA